AUGGAAAAUCAGCUUGGAGUUCUUAAUGCGUUGGAUGCAGCAAAGACACAAUGGUACCAUUUCACUGCAAUUGUGAUUGCUGGAAUGGGUUUCUUCACUGACGCUUAUGACCUUUUUAGCAUCUCUCUUAUCACAAAAUUGCUCGGUCGUAUUUACUACUUCGAUGCACUUUCUGAAAAGCCUGGAACUUUGCCUCCUCGUAUUGCAGCUGCUGUUAAUGGUGUGGCCUUUUGCGGAACUUUAGCUGGACAGCUUUUCUUUGGUUGGCUCGGUGAUAAAUUAGGCCGAAAACGAGUUUAUGGACUCACCUUGAUGCUCAUGGUGAUCUGUUCCAUUGCCUCUGGACUUUCCUUCGGAAAGUCUCCACAUGGUGUAAUGGCAACCCUUUGUUUCUUCAGGUUUUGGCUUGGUUUUGGAAUCGGUGGUGAUUAUCCCUUGUCAGCCACAAUCAUGUCUGAAUAUGCCAACAAGAAGACUCGCGGAGCGUUUAUUGCGGCGGUUUUUGCAAUGCAAGGAUUCGGAAUUUUAACAGGUGGGAUUGUUGCUCUGAUUGUGUCAGCUGCAUUUGAUCAUGCCUACAAGGCCCUUCCAUAUAAUGUUGACAAAGAACACUCAACGGCACCCCAAGCCGACUAUAUUUGGCGGAUCAUACUGAUGUUUGGUGCAAUUCCAGCUCUUCUCACUUACUACUGGAGAAUGAAGAUGCCUGAAACAGCUCGUUACACCGCCCUGGUAGCCCGAAAUGCUAAACAGGCAGCUGCAGACAUGUCUAAGGUCUUGCAGGUGGAUCUCAAUGCGGAACAAGAGAAGGUGGAUAAGAUAGGGAUAGAACCAUCCAACUCUUUUGGUCUAUUCAGCAAGGAAUUUGCCAAACGCCAUGGAUUACACUUGCUUGGAACAACCUCAACUUGGUUCUUGUUGGACAUUGCCUUUUACAGUUCCAAUCUGUUCCAAAAAGAUAUCUUCAGUGCUAUUGGGUGGCUCCCGAAAGCUGAAACCAUGAGUGCAACUCACGAGGUUUAUCGUGUUGCCAAGGCUCAAACACUAAUCGCACUUUGUGGCACGGUCCCUGGCUACUGGUUUACCGUAGCAUUCAUUGAUCACAUCGGCCGGUUCGUAAUCCAAUUGAUGGGCUUCUUCUUCAUGUCUGUGUUCAUGUUUGCUCUUGCCAUCCCUUACCAACACUGGAAAACUCACAACGCCGGUUUCCUCAUCAUGUAUUCAUUGACCUUUUUCUUUGCGAACUUCGGACCCAAUGCCACAACCUUCGUUGUGCCGGCCGAGAUUUUCCCUGCCAGGCUGAGAUCAACCUGCCACGGGAUAUCAGCAGCGGCCGGAAAAGCUGGGGCCAUUGUAGGCUCAUUCGGAUUCUUGUAUGCUGCACAAAGCACACAUCCUGAUAAGGUUGAUAAAGGUUACCAUACAGGUAUCGGAGUUAAAAAUGCACUGCUGGUGCUUGGUGCAGUCAACUGUCUGGGCAUGCUUUUCACUCUUUUGGUGCCUGAACCUAAGGGGAGAUCAUUGGAGGAGAUAACGGGUGAAAACGAAGAAGACAAGGGACAGCAGCAGGCAUCUGUUGGCAAUGUACCUGUCUGA